AUGGCAGAGUCUUACUACGUCAAGGAGGCUGACGAUGAUGAGCCCAACAAGCUGAAGGACCAGCACCAGCAGCGGGAGCAGCCACAGCCACCAAAGCAGCAGCAGCAGCCGCUACACCAGCAGGCACCGCAGGCACCGAAGCAGCAGCAGCUGAAGCAGCCGCUACACCAGCAGGCACCGCAGGCACCAAAGCAGCAGCAGCUGAAGCAGCAGCAGGCACCGCAGGCACCAAAGCAGCAGCAGCAGCCGCUACACCAGCAGGUACCGCAGGCACCAAAGCAGCAGCAGCUGAAGCAGCCGCAGCCACUACGCCAGCAGGCACCGCAGCAGCUGAAGCAGCAGCAGCAGGUACCGAAGCAGCAGCAGCCGCUAUGCCAGCAGGUACUGCAGGCACCAAAGCAGCAGCAGCAUGCACAGCAGCAGCCGAAGCAACCGCAGUCAAACCAGCCGCUACGCCAGCUGAGGCAGCACCAGCCGAAGCAGAAGCAGCCACAGCAGCCUCAGCCUCAGCAGCAGCAGCAGUGGCUGCAGGAGUUGCCAGUGGUACCAGUGGCAGCAGCAGCAGUCCUCCAAGCUAAGCCAGCUGAAGCAGCAGCCAAAGCAGCAGCAGCAGCAGCCACUACAGCAGCCAAAGCAGCAUCAGCAGCCAAACCAGCUGAAGCAGGAACAGCCACAGCAGCCGCUAUGCCAGCCUCAGCAGCAGCAGCAGCCACUACACCAGCCUCAGUGGCUGCAGGAGUGGCAGCAGCAGUGGCACCAGCAUUGGCAGCGCCAGUGGUACCAGUGGCAGCCAAAACAGCAGCAGACACAACAGUCACAGCAGCCGAAGCAGCAGCAGCAGCCGCUACGCCAGCAGCCUCUUCGCCAGCAGCCUCUACGCCAGCAGCCUCUACGCCAGCAGCCUCUACGCCAGCAGCCUCUACGCCAGCAGGCACCGCAGCAGCCUCAGCAGCAGCGUCAGUGGCAGCAGCAGCAGCAGUGGCACCAGCAUUGGCAGCACCAGUGCAGCAGCAGCAGCCCUCCAGGCCGGAGGAGCCUUGCAGAGCCCAUGGCAUCGCCAACCCCAGAGGCAGCGGCAGCAGGAGACCCUACAGCCUGAGUCCCGUCCUAAGAGCGGCCGCCCAGGCCGCAAAGAGCUGCCACGUCAACGGCAGCGUAGCCCCAAGGAGGAUCCUGAGGCAGUGA